AGAUUAUGUUAAAUCUAUGUUUGUAGUAACAUUGUAGAGAACAUCGUCAAAAUAAUUCAUUGUGUUUUAAUAGUUAUAGCUUAGUGUCUUGUGUGUUACUGUUGAUGUUGUUAUCCAGUGUACAUCUAUUCAUGAUAUGCAGUAUUUUCUGUUACGUAAAACUGCAAUAUGCUUUGAGCGGGGUUCUACGUGUUACAAACUACUGAUGUGAAGCUAUAGACCGCCAAGAUGCAUUCCGCCGGCUGCGGUUGCAAGGCGGAACAUGAACUUGGCACAUCGUCGAUUUGUUUACGUGGUCAGAUAAACUUGGAAGCUGUACGUGUUCUCAAUAGUGACUCACGUCCAGAGGAAGGUCGUUUGGUUUUUAAGCCAUACGAUAACCGGUUAUCUGAGGUUGUUCUUCGUAGUGAUUCAUUAUCAGACAACGAGCUUUUAUUUAUUGUACCUUUUAGUAAUCCUUGUGACAUUGCGCAUUUCUUGAUAGUCAACGAGGGUGAUGAGGUGAUAUCUGUUAAAUUGUUUGCUAAUCGUCCUCAAUUUGACUUUAGUGACAUUGAGGUUGUUACUCCAUCUCAGGAGUUGCAAGUCGCUCCUGAUUAUCACGGUUCAUUUUUACACAAGCUUUCUUUAUUAAAGUUUAAGGACGUAUUGAGCUUGGCUAUAUACAUAUCUGGUAAUUCUAGGGUAGCUAUUCGUUACAUAGGUCUUCGUGGAAGGUUUCACAAGCUCCAGUCGAAUGUAGUUGAUGCAAAAUACGAGGUUAUUCCUACUUCAUCAUUUCAAGAGUCGAUAUCUGAGGUGAAGCAUUUGAAAUUUGUUUAAGG